UGAUCAUCUCUGCACUCCCUUUCUCAUCGAGACUCACAGAAGCAAGGACUCACCAGACUGCAGACCACCAUGGCACAGCAGGUCUCUCGAACCCCCAGCGACAAGUCUGACGGCAUCUCGUCUGCCCAGACGGGUCCUUCUGAGACUCCCGCGGCCAGUGAGACCUUCAACUCAUCCUCCAAUGCAGCACUGGACGACAUCCUCUACCCUGCCGACUCUUACACCGCGGAGCGCGUCUACUGGGCGGACCUGCCCUGGGCCCAGAAGUCAGCAUGGGCCAACAAGCAGUCAAAUGCCGAGGCUCGUCGAGAGCUGGGUGUCAUUGGAAGCAUGUUCAAGAAGGACCCUCUGAGCCCCGUCAGGAGCUACUUUUCCAACUAUGUCGUCACUGGUCUCGGUCUCUUCGUCGAAGGCUACGUCCUCUUCUCUGUCGGAAACAUCAAGCCCCUGUUCCAGGCCGUUUGGCCUGCUUGCUGGAAGACACACACGAUCUGUGACGCCAACAGUGUCGCCGCCGUCGACUACCUGCAGAUCAUUGGUAUCAUCGUUGGACAGAUCCUCGUGGGUAUCGAGGGAGACUGGAUCGGAAGGCGCUUUGGUAUGGUCCAGGAUGCCCUCGUCAUGACUCUUGGAUCCGUCAUGCUCACCGCAAUGUGGGGUACCAGUCAACAAGGAUGGGUAGCCCUCUACGCUAUCUCGCUCUUCAUCUAUGGUAUCGGUGUUGGUGGAGAGUACCCCAUGACAUCCACUCGAGCCAUGGAGGCCUCUGUUGGAGCCGGUGCUGGCGCUUCCGACCGUAUGCACCGUGGAAGGAAGGUCGCUCUGGCAUUCACCAUGCAGGGUUGGGGUCAAUUCAUCAAUCAGGCCGUCUUGAUCCUCCUCCUGCUCAUCUUCCACAACACGCUCAACAGUCCUUUCAGCAAGACUUCAGUGCAGUGGACUUUCCGUGUCUCGUUCGGCAUCAUCAUCAUCCCUACGCUGUACCUGGCUUACAUUCGAUUCUACAAGCUCGCCUACACUGAUACGCAGCUGCGGGAAGCCAAGGCCAGGAACAAUGUCUCAGGUUACGAUGUCAGGUCGCUCAAGCUGGCCACCUCCCACUACUGGCACCGCAUGGUGGGCACUGCACUGGUCUGGUUCGCCAACGACGUCGUCUUCUACGGAGCCAAGAUCUUCUCUGGUGUCUUCAUCUCGAUCAUCACCGGUGGUACCGCCACCGUUGGCAAGACGUGGCAGUACAAUCUGAUCAACACCGCCGUGUCUCUUGCUGGCUACUACUUUGGUGCCAUGCUCAUCGACCACAAGAUGUACGGCCGCAAGUGGAUGCAGGCAAAUGGUCUCAUCAUGAUCUUCAUCCUCUACCUCAUCUCGGCUGCCCUCUACCCUCAGCUCACUCAGGCGGGCUCUGGCGUCAGGUGGUUCCAGGCUAUCUACUUCCUGUCUUCGUUCUUCACCCAGUUCGGCCCUAACACCACCUCUUUCCUCUUGGCCGCUGAGGUCUACCCGACUUCGAUCCGAUCCACUGCUCACGGUGUGUCGGCUGCCGUCGGUAAGCUCGGAGCUCUGCUGCCAGCCGUCUUGUACAACUACAUUGAGAGCCGCACCAAGUUCUGGUUUGUGUGCUGGUUCGGUCUGGUCGCCUGGGCCCUCACGCUCGUCUUUGUGCCCGACACUACCGGCCUGGACCUGCGAGAGCUGGACCGCUACUGGAACUACGUCAUGGAUGGUCGUGCAGAAGAGUACCACGGUGUGGCCGUCAACCCUCGUCACCUUUCCCUUUGGGAGCGUGUGGUGAACAAGCGCCACCUGGCCUACAACCCGGAGCUGGACAAGGCUGCCAAGAUUCAAGAGCUGCAGAGCCUGUAUGCUAGCACCAAGGACGCCACCAAGGAGGGCGGAGAGAAGGAGAUGACUCAGGAGCAGAAGAUGUUCAUUGAGAGCGAGCUGGGCACCAAGCUGGCUCCCGCCUCUAACGAAGCUGGGUCAUCUACCCACCAGUCCAAGCUGGCUGAUCUGGAGCGCAGGCUCAGCUGAACAGCCACUCGUAGAUAGAGAGUCUCUCGGAGUUCCGGACCCCGAGGGUGUUUGAUAUAUCCGAAGAUCAUUUUCGCCCGCAUGUAUGCGCUAUUUCCCAUACUCAUGUCCCCGUUCUCUCUAGUCGAAGCGUAUGCAUCUUCACAUUGUCACCAUUUUCUUCAUUCAUUCAAUCAAUCAAACGCC